CCUUCCAAACGUUUGCUUCCAAACUUGAAUCGGCUUCUUCUUUAUAUUCUUUGGGUUUGUAGUAAGGGUCUCUUAUCUUUGGCAAUGGGGAAACCUCCAUGUUGUGACAAAAAUGGAUUGAAAAAGGGUCCAUGGACUGCCGAGGAAGAUCAAAAAUUGAUCGAUUAUAUUCAAAAACAUGGGCAUGGGAGAUGGCGUACCCUUCCCAAGAAUGCAGGGCUAAAGAGGUGUGGGAAGAGUUGCAGGCUCCGAUGGACGAAUUACUUGAGGCCUGAUAUCAAGAGAGGGAAGUUCUCAAUUGAAGAAGAGGAAACUAUAAUACAAUUACAUAGUGUUUUAGGGAACAAGUGGUCUGCUAUUGCUGCUCGAUUGCCUGGGAGGACUGAUAAUGAGAUCAAAAACUAUUGGAACACCCACAUCAAGAAGAAGCUAUUGAGAAUGGGGAUUGAUCCUGUCACUCAUAGUCCCCGUCUGGAUCUUCUUGAACUCUCCUCACUUCUCAGCUCAUCUCUCUACAAUUCUUCUCAGCUUAAUCCAGCAGGUUUGCUUGGGUUUGGAUCGAUGUUCAAUCCGAGCUUCCUCAACUUUGCCACAGCUCUACUGUCAUCCCAAAACAAGACCCUGGAAAUCAGUCCUGAAAAUAUUGAACAAAACCAGACAGGGAAUUUCCAAUGUCAGAACCAAUAUGAAACCUACCAGGCAAACCAGGUUCAGAAUCCUAUUCAAGGUUACACAACAUCACAAGCCAAUUUGAACCAUUUGUCCACAAACCCCAACAACAAUCUAAGCUGCCAAAUGUCUCUACCAAAUCUGUGGCAAGAAUAUGAUAGAGAGAAUAUUAGUAUUAGCACACCAAAGGGUUUCUUCCCCGUGCAAAACUAUGGCUACCAUGAUUCUAUCAAUCAAUCCAUCAUCAACUCUUUAGCAGAAAACCAGGCAUGUUUUUCUGAUCAGAACAAUAUCCCAAAUUUGAGCCCUUUCGGAUCACUCUUGUCCACACCUUCUUCCAACUCAACUCCCUUGAAUUCAUCAUCCACGACAUACGUCAACAACAAUGGUAGCAGUACCGAAGAUAUUGAAAGAGACAGUUACUGCAGCAACAUGUUGAUGUUUGAUGUCCCUAAUGCAUUAAAUGUCAAUGGAUGUGUGUAAUAUUGAAACAAUUUGCUGUCAAAAAACCCAAAGUUAGAUUUAAAGUCUUUCUAAUUGUUCAGAUUUUGACUAGGGGAUUGCAUUUUGUACCAAUCUAUGUGAAUCUUUUAUAUAUUAUCUUUGUAGAAGAUUUUUCCUUUUCAUUGUUGUUGAAUAUAAUUAGCAUGCUUUUCUCUUU